AUGUCCCUGCAAAAUCAAUCAUCCAGCAUACCUCUGAUAUCAAAUGAUGAUGAAAUGCAUAUCAAUCCACUUGGACAAAAUAAAGAUUAUCAAAGUAUUCAAAACUCGUCUUCGUCAUCACUCAAUUCGAAUUCCAAUCGAUUAAACAAAUUUCUAAACAGUCUCGAUUACAUUCAUGCAGAACAACGUGGCAUCCAGCGUGUUCUACCUUCAGAACGUACUGAUUCAUCGGUUCUAAACACGUCUAUCAUUUGGAUCGGAAUGAAUAUUAUUAUUCCAUGCUUUGCUGUUGGUGCAAUUGGACCAGCUGUUUAUAAAUUGGAUCUCUAUGAGUCAUUCUUAACAAUUCUCAUUGCCACCAGUUGUUCAAUUCUCCCUACUGCAAUUAUUUCUUGUUUUGGUCCACCGUCAGGUUUGCGGACGAUGGUUAUCAUCCGUUACAGCUGGGGUUACUAUGGCGCAUCGGUCAUAUCUAUUCUAUCGGUGAUCUCGGCUCUAGGAUGGUCAACUGUGAAUGUUAUAACUGGUGCUCAAGUACUACGUGUUGUUUUCGAUUAUGAAAUCUCGUUAACUGUUGGAAUUCUCCUUAUAGCCAUUAUUGUUAUAAUCGUUUCAUUUGCUGGUUACGAAUGGAUUCAUAUUUAUGAAAAAUACGCAUGGAUUCCAGUAUUUAUUGCAUAUUGUUUUGUCGCUAUCCUUAGUGUUAACGACAUUCAACAUUCACAAGAAGUGUACUUAAACGCAACAAGAACAAUGUACAGGAGAAGUACAUGGAAUACCAAUGGUAUGUUAAGUUUCAGCGCGUCAUGUACCGCUGCCGCUACGAGUUGGUCGGUCUUAGCUGCCGAUUAUAAUACGUAUUUAUCAGAAGAUGCAAAUCAAAUGAAAAUUUUUCUUUUCACUUAUUUCGGAAACUUCUUUGCGAUAAUUCCCUUAGAACUUCUCGGCACAGCCGUUUAUACAGGCACUUAUACAAAUGAACAAUGGGCUUAUGCAUACCAAGUUGAUAAUGCUGGCGGAUUAUUAGGUGCAUCUCUUGCAUCUCUGGGUGUUUUUGCUAAAAUUCUUCUCAUUUUAUUUUCAUUCUCAGCAGUUGCAUGUACUAUUCCAAACAUUUAUUCUUUCUCUUUGUCUGCUCAAGCUAUCUCAUCAAUAUUUCAACGAAUUCCUCGAAUGUACUAUGCAAUAGUUGGCACUCUGAUUUAUACGAUAUUAGCAAUUGUGGCCGCAAAGAAUUUUAAUCAAGUAUUGGUAUCGUUCAUGGAUGUUGUAUCAGGCUUCGCUUCAAUUUAUAUCGUUGUGCUGCUGGAAGAACAUUUCAUUUUCCGACGUUGUUCGUAUAAGAACUAUGAUUUCAAUUCAUGGAACGAUCGAAAAGCUUUACCUAUUAGUUUCGCUGCAAUAUUUGCCGGUGCAGUAGGAGUGAUUGGAUUUGUCCUCGGUAUGUCGCAAGAUUGGUAUCAAGGUCCUAUUUCAAAGGUGUUCUCAAAUAAUGGAGCUGCACAAAGUCCAAAUUUGGGAUUUCUAUGUGCAUUGAUUUUCACAGCUAUUACUUUUCCUCUAUUUCGAUGCAUUGAGUUACAUUAUACGUGUCGAUUGUGGAAGUACAUCAAACGAGUAGCACCAUUAGACUUUACGGUCAAUAUCGAGAAAAUGGCCAAAAUACAUUCGUCGGAUAAUCCAUUCGGUUCAACAAAGAUUAACACGUCUGUUCGAUAUGAAUUCUACUGUUAUCUUCAUCAGAAUAUGCUCGUUUGGGUUGAUACAAAACAGAAUUUAACAACACGGACAUGGUUUUGCUCACCGAACCACUAUGGUGAAAGAUCUCAAUAUCAAAAUGAACGUCUUAAUUUCACCGCUCAACUCCAAAUAUUUCCUGGUUUACUACGAGUUCCGGUUCUUUUCCCAUUCCCACCUGUUCAAUGCAUCUCCACUCUCCUAUACAUCUUGCGAACGCAUGAUAAUGUCGACCAAUGUACCGAUCGUCAUUGUCGUGUAUGGGUCAAAUCCAUUUCAUGUAAUUUUCAUUGGGUUUAG